UAAUUCGGGAUAAACAAAUAAAAAUACUUUGUGAGGUUUUAAAUAAAAGAUUAAAUAAGAUUAGAAAAUUCCGAUUCCUCUACUCACUCUUACGUCGGCUGUAAGCAAUCUAAGUGAGGUUUUAAUGCUGAUUUCAUGGCCAAAUCACCUCAAAUCUCUGCUCUUAGCUUGUAAACACAAAACAGCCAUGACCCAAAUCCACGCUCUCAUUCUCACAACUGGACUCUUCUUCAACGACGCAAACUCCAUUGCCCAACUCAUAGCAUCAUAUGGGCGCAUUAACAACAUCAUUCCCGCCCGCAAUGUAUUUGAAAAAAUGCCUCAAAGAAGUAUAAAUGCAUGGAAUUCAAUGAUCAUCGCAUAUUCUCGCACAAACUACCCAGAUGAAGUGCUGAAUCUUUACUAUAGAAUGAUAUCCGAGGGAAUUAAACCUGACAGCUCAACUUUCACUGUUACUCUAAAGGCGUGUUCAAGCUUAAUGGAUUUAGAUAUGGGAGAAAUAAUUUGGAAUCAAGCAGUAGAUUUUGGAUAUGGGUUUGAUGUGUUUGUUGUGUCUUCGGUUUUGAAUUUGUAUGCUAAAAGUGGAAAAAUGGACAAGGCGAAAAUUGUAUUCGACAAAAUGGUGAAAAGGGAUGUUGUGAGUUGGACUACUAUGAUAACAGGUUUUGCGCAAAGUGGGAGACCAUUGGACGCGAUUGAUAUUUAUAGGACAAUGCAGAAGGAGAGAACUGAAGGAGAUGGAGUUGUGAUGGUAGGGUUGAUUCAGGCUUGUACUAGUCUUGGGGAUUCAAAAUUUGGUCUUUCUGUUCAUGGACAUAUGGUUCGGAGAGAAAUGAAUAUGGAUAAUGUUCUUCAAACUAGCCUCAUUGAUAUGUAUGCUAAGAAUGGGAAAUUGGAGCUUGCUUCACGUGUGUUUGAGGGUAUCCCAUACAAGAGUGUUAUUUCUUGGGGGGCAUUGAUAUCUGGCUUUGCUCAAAAUGGUUUUGCAAAUAAGACUCUUGCAUCGUUGGUUGAGAUGCAGAAUUCUGGGUUCAAACCAGAUUUAGUUUCUCUUAUUAGUUCGCUUUCGGCAUGUGCCCAAGUUGGUAAUUUGAAGGUAGGAAAAUCUUUGCAUGGGCAUAUUGUUAAAAGACUUUAUUUGGACAAAGUUUCAGGUACUGCAUUGAUUGACAUGUAUGCAAAAUGUGGGGCACUUACUUUUGCGCGUGCCUUAUUUGACCAGAUAGAACCUAGGGACUUGAUAUUGUGGAAUGCAAUGAUAUCUAGCUACGGAAUCCAUGGAGAUGGAAUAGAAGCUCUUUCACUAUUCCUCAAGAUGAAAGAAACAAACAUAACCCCAGAUCAUGCAACUUUUGCUUCACUUCUCUCAGCUUGUAGCCACUCUGGUCUAGUAGAAGAAGGUCAAUACUGGUUUCAUGUUCUGAUUGAUAAGUCUAAAAUCCAACCGAGUGAGAAGCAUUAUGCUUGUAUGGUUGAUUUAUUGAGUCGGGCAGGACAAGUGGAAGAAGCUUAUCAGCUUAUAGAAUCAAUGCACAUCAAACCAGGACUUGCAAUUUGGGUUGCUCUUUUGUCAGGUUGCCUCAAUCAUAAAAAUUUAUUGAUUGGAGAAAUGGUAGCCAAGAAGAUUCUUGAGUCAAACCCGGAUGACUUGGGAAUAUAUGUUUUGGUUUCAAACUUCUUUUCCAUGGCCAAGAAGUGGGAUGACGCAGCUGUAUUUAGAAAGAUCAUGAAAAACACAGGAAUGAGGAAAGUACCCGGUUACAGUGCAGUGGAAGUGAAUGGUGACCUUCAAGCUUUUCUAAUGGAAGACAAGAACCACAAUCAAUAUCAAGAUAUCUUGCAAAUAUUGGACAUUUUGGAUAAUGAGAUGAGAUCUAUUAGAUGUUUCUCAGAGACCGAGUUGGUGUUUCAGGAUACUGAGAAAUGAUAGGACAUAUAUCAUAUAAUCAAUUUGAGAACCUUGAUGAGAAUCAGCCUGAUCUGAUAAUCCAAUUAGCAUCUGCUUUUUAUAGAACUUGUCUUUCUAACCAGUAUUAGCACUGGAAAUGGCAAAGCAACCUUCAGUAGACACUAUAUCCCAGCCCUUGCACUUCGCAUCGAGCAAAAGGUCUCCCAUAGCAGGGUCCACAAGCAUAUGGUGAGAAACGGGAUAUCUGAUGUUGUCAUUUCCUCUGCCUGCCUCCUAAUUGGGUGUCCCCUCACUCUCCAUGUCCAGGGAACCUGCUGAGGAAAGAGGAUAGUUUAGGCAGGAGCAGGAAAUUUUGGGAUUUCCUUCUUGAUCAAUGACAACUGCAGCAUCUUCAUCAUAUCUAUUAUCAUACCGUCAUCAUGUUUGAGUACUGUACUUCUGGGGUAAAGAUGAACAUAUUGAUUCAUUUUGGGACUGGAGCUUUCAUGUUUGCUUGAGAAAGCAAAGGCCUGGAAGGUAGAAAAGUAUUGCAAACUCAUUCUUCAACUGCUGGACAACAUGGAAGUAUUAUGGACCAGGCUUCCGUCUGAAAACUGAGGCUUCGCAUGGGGAUCUGACUUUUACGCCCUAGGAUUUCUCUAAAUCAAGAAGAGGAAACAUAGGCCAUGACUACGUAAUAUGUGCUUGCUCACUCUCUAUUCCUGUUCAAUGUUCAUAAACAGUAAGAUGUGGUAGAAUAGGUUGCUGCGAGCUGCUCUUCAAGAAGCAACCGAAUUCCCAAUUUUAUGUGGUACUUGCGAUUGCCUCCUCGAUACUCUCUGGAACUUGCAGAUGACAACUGAGAGCAUAUCACUUCCACUGUUUGGGAACUUGUUUCAUUUUAUUUUAAUUUGUUUGAUUUACCUGAAUAGUGGCGAGUCUCAAUGUGAAAACCGAAAGUGGAUACCUGGAUAUAACUACAUCAUGUUUGGCAUGAAAUAAACAUCUUUCCAUGCGUGCAUGGUUGACGUUUUA